AUGAUUGCCUUCGCAGGGGGGGUUUGGGCCGCUCUCUUCAGAGAGAGGGUAAAGUCUUCAAAGACUCUCUGUGAGGAAUCAUUGAAGUGGGAUCCUAAUCGGAGAGUAGCCUUGUGGUUGUCUAAGAAGAUCCAGAGAUCUGUGGCCAGUUUGGUUGAUGCUAGAGUGAGGGCUUUUGCUGCCCCUGCUACUGCGGCUGUAGCUUCUGCAUCGAACACUUCUGCAUUUGUGCCUAAUAAGAAAGAAUGGUAUACUAUCUGA